AUGCCGCGAAGGGGCAGCCUGCCGAGGCCCCCGCGGCGGCGGUGGGGUGGAGAAGGGCUCGCCGCCGCCCGGGCCGGCUGCUGGCUUUCCACUGUCAGCUGCCGUGUCUUUCGUUCGUGCUUCCACGGGCCCUUGACUUACGAGUCUGCUUCCAUCGUGAAGCUUUGGCAGUUUAAAGCUGCAACUUUGGGUGGAGGCAUGGUGUUUUGGGGCCGCGACCCCAGAUUUGUCAUAGAGGUCUGUGAAAUACUUUAUAUCUUGUUCUUGUUUCUGUUUUUCAGGGGGUUUGGGAAACAAGGCUUCCAGUGCCAAGUUUGUUGUUUUGUGGUUCACAAGAGGUGCCAUGAAUUUGUUACCUUUUCCUGUCCGGGUGCAGAUAAGGGACCCGACACUGACGAUCCCAGGAGCAAGCACAAGUUCAAGAUCCACACUUACGGAAGCCCUACCUUCUGUGAUCACUGUGGGUCCCUGCUGUAUGGACUCAUCCAUCAAGGGAUGAAAUGUGACACCUGCGAUAUGAAUGUUCACAAGCAGUGUGUGAUAAAUGUCCCCAGCCUCUGUGGGAUGGAUCACACAGAGAAGAGGGGGCGGAUUUACCUGAAGGCCGAGGUCGCUGAUGAAAAGCUGCAUGUCACAGUUCGAGAUGCAAAAAACCUGAUCCCGAUGGAUCCAAAUGGACUUUCGGAUCCUUAUGUGAAGCUGAAACUUAUUCCUGAUCCCAAGAAUGAAAGCAAACAGAAGACCAAAACCAUUCGCUCCACACUGAAUCCCCAGUGGAAUGAAUCCUUCACGUUCAAACUAAAACCUUCAGACAAAGACCGACGGCUGUCUGUAGAAGUCUGGGACUGGGAUCGGACAACAAGGAAUGACUUCAUGGGUUCCCUUUCCUUUGGCGUCUCAGAGCUAAUGAAGAUGCCCGCCAGUGGAUGGUACAAGUUGCUCAACCAAGAAGAAGGUGAGUACUACAAUGUGCCCAUUCCAGAAGGGGAUGAAGAAGGCAACGCGGAGCUCAGGCAGAAAUUCGAGAAAGCCAAGCUUGGCCCUGCUGGUAACAAAGUCAUCAGUCCUUCAGAAGACAGGAAGCAGCCUUCCAACAACCUGGAUAGAGUAAAACUCACAGACUUCAAUUUCCUCAUGGUGCUGGGGAAGGGGAGUUUUGGGAAGGUGAUGCUUGCUGAUCGGAAGGGAACAGAAGAACUGUAUGCAAUCAAAAUUCUGAAGAAGGAUGUGGUGAUUCAGGACGACGAUGUGGAGUGCACUAUGGUGGAAAAGCGGGUCCUGGCCCUGCUUGACAAGCCCCCCUUCCUGACGCAGCUGCACUCCUGCUUCCAGACCGUGGAUCGCCUGUACUUCGUCAUGGAAUACGUCAACGGCGGGGACCUCAUGUACCACAUCCAGCAAGUGGGGAAGUUUAAGGAACCACAAGCAGUAUUCUAUGCGGCAGAGAUCUCCAUUGGACUGUUCUUUCUCCAUAAAAGGGGAAUCAUCUAUAGGGAUCUGAAGUUAGAUAAUGUCAUGUUGGAUUCAGAAGGACAUAUCAAGAUUGCUGACUUCGGGAUGUGCAAGGAACAUAUGAUGGACGGAGUCACGACCAGGACCUUCUGUGGGACUCCAGAUUACAUUGCCCCAGAGAUAAUCGCUUAUCAGCCGUAUGGAAAAUCUGUGGACUGGUGGGCUUAUGGUGUCCUGUUAUACGAAAUGCUGGCUGGACAGCCCCCGUUUGAUGGUGAAGACGAAGACGAACUGUUCCAGUCUAUAAUGGAACACAAUGUUUCCUAUCCAAAGUCCUUGUCCAAGGAAGCCGUUUCCAUCUGCAAAGGACUGAUGACUAAACACCCAGCCAAGCGGCUGGGCUGCGGGCCCGAGGGUGAGAGGGACGUGAGAGAACAUGCCUUCUUCCGGAGGAUCGACUGGGAGAAGCUGGAGAACAGGGAGAUCCAGCCACCGUUCAAGCCCAAAGUGUGUGGCAAAGGCGCAGAAAACUUUGACAAGUUCUUCACACGCGGACAGCCCAUCUUGACGCCGCCCGAUCAGCUAGUCAUCGCAAAUAUAGACCAGUCUGACUUUGAAGGGUUCUCGUAUGUCAACCCCCAGUUUGUGCACCCCAUCCUACAGAGUGCAGUAUGAACCUCACCAGCGAGAACAAACGCCGCCCUAGCCCCCAGCCCUCCCAGCGGUGGGAAACGAUCCUUAACCCUAAAAUUUUAAGGCCACGGCCUUGUGUCUUGCUGUACAUCGAGGCCUGAAAAUUGUAGGGUUAUUAGUCCAAACAUGGUCACUGUUCAGGGUCUUCUCUCUUACAUCCAAGAACAUUAUCUUAGUGGAAGAUGAUACGUGAUGUACAGUGUCCAGUUUAAUUAUGUAGAAGUCACAUUUGGCGGUAGGCUAACCCUUCCUAGAAAGCAGACUCUUGCCCCUUUUUGGUACGAUUUGACAUAUCUUCCAUAUCCUCUGUCUGGGGAUUUUCACCAUGGGAGUCCCCAGUCAGAGACGCAAAAGCUGGCCCACACAGCCUAGAGGGCUGGAAACAUCUCCCAGGACAUCUUUGGAAUGAAAGAACACAGAGCCCAGAGUGAGCAAGGAGAGGCUGGGGUGGGGGAGGCUUCGAAGUACCCAAGUCCCCGCUGCUUCUGUUCUCUGCCUCGAUGGAAACAGUCCCUAGACUCCAAGAGGCCAGGAUGAGCCCAAUUACUGUUCCCAAGCAUUGACACGUCGUCAUCCAACCACAGUCCGGUGGUUACCAGUUUUUAAAAAAGAAAGACACAUCAGGUCCUCAGAUGGGCAUUGGGUGGGUCUGUCAUCUGGCACCCUCCUUGGCUGGUAACUGUCUUGACGCUUGCAUUCUUUUUAAGAGGCCAAAUUGUCUAAGGACUUCGCUACACGAGCAUGUGAAGCCGUUUCAGAUCAAGGACAGACCCGUGUGUGUGUUCGUUUCGAUCUCGGGGAGAUUAUUCUUCGAUCCAGGGUGCCAUCAGUCAUCAUGCCACUACUCACGAGUGUUGUCAGCCAACCCACCCCGACCGAGACUUUGCUCCCUGCGUUGUUCCCCUUCCCAGGACGCUGAAGUGUGUGCCCUGCCCCCUUUUGUACUUAUUUAUUUAAUAGGCUGCGUGUCGUUUCUGAAAGUCUGAUGUACAGUGACUUAACCGAAGUGUCGAUUCUCACAUCAGCCCCCACUGACUUGUCUUCCUUCUCCCGCCCUUGACGGCCACUUAGGGAUGAGAACAAUAUAAUCUGUGUGGAAUGACACACCUGGAGCUGUGGCAUCAGGACACGCAGGUGCAAAGCGGCUCAAAGAUGUCUUAUCGCUAGAAGGAGUUUAAUAUGUUUUGCAAAUGCAUCAUGCAAUUUAUUUUGCAUGUUUAUAAUAAACCUUCAUAACAAGUGAA